GCAGGAGGUAAAGCAAGAGCAGGCCGUCUUACAUGGCAGAAGCAGGAGCAACAGAGAGUGAGCGGGGAGAUGCUGCACACUUUUAAACAACCUGACUCCACAAGAACUCAGUCACUGUCACAAGAACAGCACCACAGGGAUGGUGAUAAACCACUCAUGAGAAAUCACCCCUAUGAUCCAAUCACCUCCCACCAGGCCCCACCUGCAACACUGGGGACUAUAAUUUGACUUGAGAUUUGGUGGGGACACAAUCCAAACCAUAUCACAUUUCAAAACCAUAAUAGUUAUGUCAAGAAGUCCUUUUUCCUCAUAGUGCCAGAUAACAUGUCUUUCUGCCGAUACAUUGGGUCAUUCAGUUUCAUUUAGUGAUCAUAAUAACCUUAUAUAUUUUCUUUUUUCAGUCACUGAACAGCAGAUUUCUGAGAAGUUGAAGAUUAUUAGGAAAGAAAAUACAGAACUUGUACAGAAAUUGUCAAAUUAUGAACAGAAGAUCAAGGAAUCAAAUAAACAUGUUCAAGAAACCAGGAAACAAACUAUGAUUCUCUCUGAUGAAGCAAUUAAAUUUAAGGAUAAAAUCAAGACACUUGAAAAAAAUAAUGAAAUUCUGGGUGACACAGCUAAAAAUCUUCGUGUUAUGUUAGAAUCUGAGAGAGAACAGAAUGUCAAGAAUCAGGAUUUGAUAUCAGAAAACAAGAAAUCUGUAGAGAAGUUAAAAGAUGUUAUUUCCAUGAAUGCUUCAGAAUUUUCAGAGGUAAAGCUGACUAUAAUUCCUGCAGGACAUUAAAACUAUAUCAUAGUUUUAUUGAGGAGCAAAAAUUUGAUACGUG